CCGCUGCCUCCUCCAUCUUCACCCAAAAACCUUCACUCCCAACAAUGGCUACCUCCUCCCUCUUCAACCCCACCAUUUCUUUCCCUUCUCGCAACCCCAAGCUUCAAUCCACCCCAAAAUUCCGCAACCCCAUUCUCAGAAUCCCUAAAGCUACCUCUGAUUCCUCCCCCUCUCCACCAACUGACGGCUCUCCCCCAUUGUCCACUCUCAAGAACCGUCGUUCUGCCGACGAGAACAUCAAAGAUGAAGCCCGUCGCCACUGUGCAGCCUCCGGAGAAGAUCGGAGCAACUUCUCGGCCAAGUACGUCCCUUUUAACGCUAGCCUCGACUCCACUGAGUGCUACUCUCUCGACGAGAUCGUUUACCGAAGUCGAUCUGGUGGGUUACUCGACAUUCAACACGACAUGGAGGCAUUGAAGAAAUAUGACGGCGCCUAUUGGCGAAACCUCUUCGAUUCGCGCGUGGGGAAAACUACGUGGCCUUAUGGUUCCGGCGUUUGGAGUAAGAAGGAAUGGGUGUUGCCGGAGAUCGAUCCUGACGAUAUUGUCGGCGCUUUCAAAGUUAACAUGGAUGUGGACAAGACUUUUGUUCGAGAUUUGGACUACUGAAACACAACCGUGUCUGGCUAUGAGGUAGGUGUUAUUCUAUGUUUGGAUCAUCUUUUAAUGUAUCCCAUUUUAAGUGGUUUCUUGUGAAUUGAACAUCCCCACAGAGUGAAAGAAAAGUUGAGGUACAAGCACUUUCUGUGUGUAUUAUAUGUGGUGUAAAUGAAAGUCAAUGAUUUUGGCU